UCUGAGUUCCUAUAGGUUUCAGAACAGAUGCAUCAUGGACAGAUCCAAUGAGACCUCACCGGUGAUGGGCUUCAUUCUCCUGGGCCUGUCAGCCCACCCCAAACUGGAGAAAACAUUCUUUGUGCUCAUCCUGCUCAUGUACCUGGUGAUUCUGUUGGGCAAUGGUGUCCUCAUCUUGGUGACCCUCCUUGACUCCCACCUGCACACACCCAUGUACUUCUUCCUGGGGAACCUCUCCUUCCUAGACAUCUGCUACACAACCUCCUCCGUCCCCCUCAUUCUUGACAGCUUCCUCAUCCCCAGGAAGACCAUCUCCUUCUCAGCGUGUGCUGGGCAGAUGUUUCUCUCCUUUGCCAUGGGAGCCACAGAGUGUGUUCUCCUGAGCAUGAUGGCCUUUGAUCGCUAUGUGGCCAUCUGCAACCCCCUUAGGUACCCUGUGGUCAUGAGCAAGGCUGCCUACAUGCCCAUGGCUGCAAGCUCCUGGGCAGCAGGGAGCACCAACUCAAUAGUACAAACAUCCCUAGCAAUGCGACUGCCUUUCUGUGGGGACAAUGUCAUCAACCACUUCACCUGUGAGAUCCUGGCUGUCCUGAAGUUGGCCUGUGCUGACAUCUCCAUCAACGUGAUCAGCAUGGGGGUGACCAACAUGAUCUUCCUGGCGAUCCCAGUCCUAUUCAUCUCUGUCUCCUAUGUCUUCAUCCUUGCCACCAUCCUGAGGAUCCCCUCUGCUGAGGGGAGGAAAAAGGCCUUCUCCACCUGCUCUGCCCACCUCACAGUGGUGAUUGUCUUCUAUGGGACCAUCCUCUUCAUGUAUGGGAAGCCCAAGUCCAAGGACCCCCUGGGGGCCGACAAGCAGGACCUGGCAGACAAGCUCAUCUCGUUGUUUUAUGGGGUGGUGACCCCCAUGCUGAACCCCAUCAUCUACAGCCUGAGGAACAAGGACGUGAAGACUGCUAUGAGGAACAUGGUAGCUCAAAAACACCUAACUGAGUGACUGUUAUCAAAUCUAACACUGACAGAAUGUAUGACCUCCAAACUCCUCAUUGUGCUUAUGGAAAAAUGACAACCCAAAGUAGAGAGGAACUUUUCCAAGGUCUAUGUCAUGGAUCAUGGGACCAGGACUAAAAAAAAUUAAACUUUUUUCCCCAUGGUUUCAUAAGCCAUGGAAGCUUGUAACAACAUUUUUGGAGAUACUGGCUAGUUGUUAACUUUGUACUCAACUUCAGUGACAUCGUACCAUAACUAUUUCGUGUUUACAAAAUCUUUGGUCCUCUGCCAUCAGAGCUGGUUCAUAUCUGUGAAGAGUUAUUGGUAUGUGCAAA